GUUCGUCCUGUGCCGCCUCCCCAAGUGGCGGCAGCGCUGGGGACAAAAGGGGCUUUGUGUUUGUCGUGCGAAGGAGCCGCCGCGCCGAAGGAGCGGGACGAGGCGGAGUGCCGCGCCUGCGAGCGGGAGCGUCGGGGCGGUGCGGUGCUGGCAUUGCGCACGGCUGGGAACGGUAUGUAUGACCAACUGCCCUACGCUGAUUGUCAUGGUGGGUCUGCCAGCAAGAGGAAAAACCUACAUCUCAAAAAAGCUGACACGCUAUUUAAAUUGGAUUGGAGUGCCUACAAAAGAAUUCAAUGUUGGUCAGUAUCGUCGAGAUCUGGUGAAGAAGUAUAAAUCUUUUGAAUUCUUCCUGCCUGACAAUGAAGAAGGGUUGAAAAUCAGGAAACAGUGUGCCUUAGCGGCGCUGAACGACGUCCGACAGUACCUCAGCAAAGAGAAUGGGCACGUGGCUGUCUUUGAUGCUACGAACACAACUCGAGAACGCAGAGAAACCAUUUACAAAUUUGGUGAAGAAAAUGGAUACAAGACGUUUUUUGUUGAGUCAGUGUGUGUCGAUCCAGAGGUCAUUGCUGCAAACAUUGUGCAAGUGAAGCUGGGUAGCCCUGACUACGUUGACUGUAGUAAUGAUGAAGCAACAGAAGACUUCAUGAAAAGAAUAGAGUGCUACAAGAACUCAUAUGAGACAUUAGAUGAAAAUCUUGACAAGGAUCUUUCUUACAUUAAAAUUAUGGACGUUGGAAGGAGUUACCUUGUGAACAGAGUAAUGGAUCACAUCCAGAGCCGGAUUGUCUACUACCUCAUGAAUAUCCACGUGACUCCUCGGUCAAUCUACCUCUGUCGGCAUGGAGAAAGUGAACUCAACCUGAAGGGGAGAAUAGGAGGGGAUCCUGGACUGUCUGUCAGGGGGAAAGAAUUUGCCAAGAGCUUGGCACAGUUUAUUAAUGAGCAAAACAUCAAGGAUCUGAAGGUUUGGACCAGUCAGAUGAAAAGGACGAUUCAAACUGCUGAAGCUUUGGGAGUGCCUUAUGAGCAGUGGAAGGUUUUGAAUGAGAUAGAUGCAGGAGUGUGUGAAGAAAUGACAUAUGAAGAGAUACAGGAAAAUUACCCUCUUGAGUUUGCACUGAGAGACCAAGACAAAUACAGAUACAGAUACCCUAAAGGAGAGUCCUACGAAGACCUUGUCCAGAGGCUGGAACCAGUAAUUAUGGAGCUUGAAAGGCAGGAAAACGUGCUUGUCAUUUGCCACCAAGCUGUCAUGCGCUGUUUGCUCGCAUAUUUUCUUGACAAGCCUGCAGAACAGCUGCCUUACCUGAAGUGCCCACUGCACACUGUCUUAAAGCUAACCCCAGUGGCUUAUGGAUGUAAAGUAGAAUCUAUAUUUCUGAAUGUUGAAGCUGUAAACACACACAGAGAUAAACCCGAGAAUGUAGGCGUGGACCGGUCGAGAGAAGAAGCCUUGAGGACGGUACCCAACCACCUAUAGCUGCAGCUCCGGAGGCAGCAGCCCUUCCUCCAGCACCUGAGCACGGAGCAGCAGCUCGGGCCUUGGGAACGGUGAAGGCGUCGCUGGGCGGCAGGCAGAGCGCAGCUCCCCUUCGCCCUCAGACAUUCCCAGUGUGAUUCAGCUUCUUUGGAGAACAGCUCUAGUUGUGGUUAACUCCUGGUAGUGGUAAAAAGAAAUCCGUGCUGACGGACUCCAGUUGGUUUUAGACUUCUGUACGUAAAGUUGUGCUGUUUCAGUGGCUUUUAGUGUUCAUCUGUGGAUACUGCAAGACGGUUAAUUGCCCGUGUCAAUUUUACUGUCAGAUUUUAACUAGACUUUACUUUCUUUAAGUGUUUUUCUAAGAAUUUCUCUUAUUUCUACUGUGAAUCAUUGCCUAGAAUUACGGAGAGGCUUAUUUAACACAGACAGAAUCCUGCAGUUAGAGCAUUGGAGGCUUCGUGUUGCAAAACUGCCUUCAGUCAGAGAGCUCAUCAGCAGUACCAGCUUCUGUCUCUCACUGUGAUCUUGGGUUUGCCCAGAGACACUCAAAUUGUUAUGAGAGGGGAAGACUUUCCCCUUGGAAAACAAAACAAUCCAAUGAGUUUCACCACCUGAUAGAUCCUGCUGCUUGAGUGGGGUCGUAACAUUUUCCAGGGGCCGGCUGUAGUGUGGAGCAGAGUGGAGGGCAGAGCUUGAAGUGAUGGCUGUGGGAUGUGUGUGGGGGGCAGCAGUGGGGGCAGUGAGGGCAUGCAGAGCAAUGCCCUGCUGUGUGCCUGGCAGCUGUUUGGCUGCGAGCUGGGGAAGGGCUCGGGGGGCAGAGGCUGGAGGAGCUGCUUUGCUUUUUAGCACUGUGAUUUGGAGGCAAUUUUGGGAUGAAUUUCAACGUGUACAUUUCUCUUUAUAGCCACAUCUAACACAUACGUCAGGAAACAGUACAGAAAGGUUAGGUGGCAUUUCACCUUUCUUGUAGCUUUCUUACAGCUCAUGCAGGAAAACAAUCAGGUAAAUUGUGAAACUUUUUGUCACGUGGCCUGCAUGCUUUUUGUCUUUUAAUGAUUGUUGUUCUUAAGCAACCUCUCAGUGCCCAAAUUCUUCGUUGCUAUUCUGUAGUUCUCUGUGAAACUCCAGUGCUACAAAUGGGCUUCUCUGUGUCUGUUGAGGGGACGACCUCCUAAGUACUAAACUGCUUUGCAUUUGGGGUGUUGCCCACGGCUGCAGUGAGCUGCCAGCACUGUGCUGGCUUUGUCCUGGGAAGGAGGACUGCCUUUGUGUUGAUGGACCGUGCUUUGGUUUUAUUUUUGUCUGUUUGUUAAAUUUUUAUUCUUAAGGACUUCAAGUGACCAAACCUUUACCACGUACAUUGCUGACUUAAAAAACAAAAAGCAACAGAACUUUGUUCAAUUCCUGUGUGAAAUACUGGGUCCUCGUAACGUCGUCUUGCAGGCUGGGGAUGCACUGUCUUCUGUUCAUGCAGGAUUUGUAAGAUAAUGUGCUGCUGUCGUGGUUUGUUUUAAUAAGCUAAUGUCAGCGAGCUGCUCCGUGCUGGAAGUAAGCCAUAUCACAUCGCUGGGUUCCACUACAGAAGAGGAAAGGGGAGGGCACGAAGUGCCCAGGAACACUCGCCGUGAGCGCUGCGGGCUGGAGCUUUGUGUGUGUGACCCAUUAACUCAGCACCGUGUGUCUCAGCCCUUUCUUCAGCCAGCUGUGUUUGUAGCUAUUGUGUGAGGAGAGCCUGCGCUGCGCUGCACUGAUUGAUGCAUUGAACGAGGCCAUCUUUGUGCGAAACGCACAGGACGCUUUUCCCCCUCCGAUUUUGUGUUCUGUGCUUGGGAAGGCAGGGCUGUUCUCCUCCAGACCUCUGCUGUGACCGGGAGCCCUUCCACAGCUCCCCCAAUGAGAUGUGUGCCCCUGGUUGGAGGGGCUGGGGAAGGAGGGGACCACAGCUCCGAGGAGCAGGGUGGAAGGAGAGGUUCCCCCUAGCGAGGUGAGCUGGAGGCAGCUCUUUCCUCCCCCUCUCUGACCUCUCUGCCCUUUCAGGGGAGGCUAAAUGUUUUACGUACAGUAGGUAUUUUUAUAGCCUGCUUUUGAAUAUACUGUGAGUGUUUUACUAAGUGUGAGUGUUGAGUUAAGAAAAAUAAAAAUAAAAAAGGCUGUAUAGAAGUGUAAAUAAACUGUUAUGCUGAUACUUGAAGAGAAAAAAUUAUGAAGUUGUCUGUGGGACUUUAGGUACUAAAUCAUCAACUGCAUCCACCCCUUUCUAGCUGGUGAGAGCAAAUGUAGACAGUGAAUGUAACUGUGCAGCGACUGCAUUCUGCCUGCUGUGUGACUUCUGUGUGGGGAGGCACUGGGGAGGACUGCAGUGCACCAGCAGUGCCCUGAGCAGCUGCCCAUGUCCUGCACUCUUCCUGCCACGCAGCCCUGACCGAAUCAGCACAGCGAGGUAAAAACCCUCGUCCUGGUCUUGUGUAUCUGUGUCUGUUUCGCUGCCUCCUGACUGUUAAUGCACUCGCUAGCUCAGAUGCAGACUUCUGAAUGAGAUUAAACUACCUGUUCUUACAUUGCUGGCCUCCCUCGUUGUAAUCUUUCAGACCAAUGUAAUUGUUUGACAUUUGAUCCAAGCAAUAAAGAUCAAAUGUUACGCCCUGCA